UACAUUUUCAAAAGUGACUGUUACGAAUUGACUGAUUUUGUUCAGAAAAUUGUUUUCGUGACCUUUUGAACAGUCACGCGUCAAAGUCACGCGAUUAAGAAUAGUUCCCAGCCUUCUCGUCUUCCCUCUGUUCGUUCGAUUUUCUGUUCGAUCCAUUUGUCGAGGACUCGAAGUACAGCAUGAACACCGCAGUACAGCUUUGGGAUGGUCAACUAUCCGUCAUUACUACUCCUAUCCCUCAUGUUUCAGCACCAAAUGAGGUCCUCGUUAAGGUAGCUUUUUCUGGAGUAUGUGGGACUGAUCUCCAUAUCCUGGCUGGAGAGUUCCCGUCUGCGAAAUGCGUCAUCUUGGGUCAUGAGUUCGCUGGAGUCGUGAGCGAGGUUGGCGGCGAGGUAAAGGGAAUUUCUGUCGGAGAUCGUGUGGUCAUCAACCCAAACACUAACUGUGGGAGAUGCUCAUUUUGCCAGAAGGGACAGCCACACUUCUGUAAAACUGGUGGAAUACGUUCAACUGUUGGCAUUUGGCGCAAUGGGGGAUGGUCUCAAUAUUGCCGUGUUCUUGCAGAAACCGUCUAUUCUGUUCCACCCCAGAUCACCCUACGUCAAGCUGCUCUGAUUGAGCCAUAUUCUUGUAUUACUCAUGGCUUUGAUCUCCUAAUGCCCCUUGCAACAUCUUCCAAUGUCCUUAUUUGUGGUUCAGGAAUUAUUGGACUGUUGUGGGCCUCUUUACUCCACUUUCAUGGAUACAGAAAAGUGACCAUCAGUGAGGUUGCUGAACAACGGAGAAGCCUUGCAAGUGGCUUAGACACUGGCUAUCAAGUCCUUCAUCCUGAGGUUCUGGUGAACAAUGGAAAAGAGGCAAACUUGGCUGGUGAUGCAAGCUGGGGCUUUGACGCUGUUGUGGAUUGCACUGGUGCACCAGCAGCAAUUGAGCAAGCCAUAAAAUGGUUGCGGUGUGGAGGAAAGAUGCUUGUUUUCGGGUGCUGUCCAAAAAAGUCGUCAAUCAAAAUUGACCCUCAUGAAGUCUAUGCCAAGGAAUUGAAAAUUAUUGGAUCACACAUCAAUCCUUUCACCUUUCCUCAAGCUAUUCAGCUAGUAAAGGAUAUGGCAGAAAAGUAUUUGAAUUACGACAAGUUAGGGAUUGCUGUAUUUGAUUUGCCCAGAUACCAGUCAGCUCUUGAUGCCCUCUCUAGAGCUGAAAUUUCCAAAGCUGUAUUUGAGCUGUGAUAAAUCAGUAUGGAAAUGUUUCUUAAGUAACAAUGCCUGGAUCACUUAAGGUAGCAGCCCUCCCCUGCUAAAGGUAGCCACUGUCCAAAGGUGCCACAUUUCAAAGGAAAGUAGGGAUAGAAUAAGGCUGAGAAGGACUGAAUGUUACUUUUUGAUGUUUUACAUUUUAGUUGAGGGAACCAAACUUCCAUCAACUAAUCUCUGAUUCUGUGACAUAUCCUGAUAUUUUCUCAAUCAUCAGCAGUAUGUAGUUGGGUAAAUUACCUCCAUUAGGAUGAAUUGGUAACAACAACGACAAAAGAUUUGAUUCAUACCACAGGCACAAAACGAAAUUAAGUACUUGUAGAGGAAGUGUGAAGCUUGAAUUAAAUUUGUAGGGGGGGGGUUGGGUGGUUUCAAACCAAAAAAAUUCUGCUCUAGCGGGAAUAUGCAUAUGGAACAAAACAUCACAACUAAUUCAGGUGAUGAUAGACGACCAUGUUGUGAAAUCAUCCUUAACAAUCUUGGCAUUGCACUAAUUUUAUAGGGUGGAGGCAGUGAGAAGACAGUAGAGUCUUUAAAAGGCUUGUAUUCUGAACAAUCAUGAGUUAAAAAGAUGAGUUAUGUAGUUUUUAUUCACAAAUGUGCUCCCAACAGAGAACGUUACUCCCAUGUGAAAAGGUCGGGAAUGCUUUUUCAGAAGUUAGAAAGGGAGACCAAUGCAGGCGUGGCUCAAGUUUUAUUUGACCUCUAAAGGAUACUACUCUGAACAGAAAGAGCAGAUUUUUAUUAUUUCUUUGCAGGCAACUGUUAAAGAUGACUUGAUGGCAAAAAAUAGUCGCUGUGGCAUUUCAUCCUGAACACCUUAAGUGAGACCAAAACCUUUGAUUUACACCCCUGAGCGAGAUGAUGAGCAUCCCCGACCUAUUCACAUGGGAGUCCCCCGCCACUGGAAAUGUGUAUGAGAAGGAAAAUAAAAUUUAGUUAUAGUU